CCCGCCCCUCCUCCGGUAGCUCUCUGCUCAAAAACAAGUGAACCGUGGAGCUGCUCGUGGAUGAUAUGAGCGAGAGAGCUGGCUCGCGACGUGACGGUCUCCACUGAUGUCGCUGCUUGAACUACAAGUUUGUCUUCUGCGGGGAGAUUCACAAAAGAUCUAACUCUUCCUCCGAAACACCAAUGGAGAUGUCAAGGAGCUUUUAAAUAUCAACUUUCCUGACAGAGACAGUGGACACAGCAAAGGAAAAACAUAUACGACUAUGAUUAUUUGUAAAAACGAAUGAAGCCACCAAUGAAGAGCAGAUAUUCAUUUUUAUUUUGAAACAUUUUGUACAGAGCUUUUUACUUUGAAAAGAUUAAUCAUGGACAGCACCUCAGCUCCUCAGAUUGUUGUGGACAAGGCAGAAUGUGAGGAAGACUUGGCUCUGCCUGCAGACGACCAUCUCAUGGACCUGAAAGCCCUGACAGAGAAGCUGAGACUGGAGACGAGGAGACCGUCGUACCUCGACUGGAAAGCCCAGCUCGAGAUGGAAAGCUUCAGAGAGUUUAGAUCGGGAAAAGGCCCGGUCACAGAGGAGCCUGAGGGGGAAGCAGCCCCCCCCAAAGAGACCGCAGUGAGGUCUGCUGUGAUUCAGUGCAAGAUGCCUUCCGGUGCACUGAAGGGGUUCGAGAACAUCGAUGAAGCUCUCAGCUGGCUGAGGAGAGAACUGACAGACAUGCGGAUGCAGGACCAGCAGCUGGCGAGGCAGCUCAUGCGGCUCCGCAGCGACAUCCACCAGCUGAAGAUCGAGCAGACGUGCCACCAGCACCGCCGGAUGCUCAAUGACGCCACCUUCGGCAUGGAGGAGCGGGACGAGCUGUCCGACCUGCUGUGUGAGUGUCCCGUCACCCCGGGGCUCGGCCUCUCCGCCCCGCUGAGGCUCAUCGGCGUCACCAAGAUGAACAUUAACUCUCGACGGUUCUCGCUUUGCUAGUGACUGGGAUACAGUUUGAGGCAAAGAAUCCUGAAAACCAAAAAACAGCCGGUCUAAUCUUCUCUUGUCAUGACAGCCCUGGUUGUUUGUUAGAUUGUGGAGCAAUCUUUUUUUGACCACAAUGUUGUGAGGGAUGUAAACACCGUUUUAAAGACCCUAUAAUCAAAGAGAGAGAUUUAGGUAAUUUGGAAAGAAGAAUUCUAGUGUUGAAGUAAAUAUAUCAUUUGUUUGCCACUUAACUAUAAUACAUGGCAGCUAUAAACAGAAACCUUUAUUUCUUAAAACUACAGCAAAUUUUAGACAUUGAAACAGAAAACUUGCCCUUUUUUAAACUACAGUAAAGCAAUCUCAAUC